AUGGGAUCGAUUGAAACAAAAGCGCCAGCAGCAGAACUGAGCUUCGAAAAGUUCCACAAUGUCGUCGCGAAGGGCCUGAGAAGUAGUGAAAAGAUGCACCAUGGCGUCAAUCCGUCCGAUAAAUCCGAAUUAUGGGAUGUUCCUAUCGCGACUGAGCGGGAUCUCGAUGAAGCUGUUGAGGUUGCGAGAGAAGCCUUCAAGAGUUGGUCAAAGACGACUUGGGCUGAGAGACAGCAAGUUUUGGCAAAAAUGAGAGCCGAAUUGCAAAAGCAUGUUCCAGAAAUGGCGAAACUGCUGUCGUUGGAAGGUGGGAAACCAAUACAAUUCGCAACCGGAGAGGUCAUGGCGUCGAUUGGUACUUUGGAUUAUCAUGCCAAGGCUCCAUCACCAGGAGAGGAGAUUCUCCAAGAUGAUGCCGACCUCAAACUCACGCUUCGUUACGUCCCUCUUGGUGUCGCAGCCGCAAUUUGCCCAUGGAACUUUCCCCUGGUCCUUGCAAUGGGAAAGCUCUGCGCAGCUAUUCUGACCGGAAACACGAUCAUCAUCAAGCCUUCUCCGUUCACGCCCUACAGCGUCCUUAAAUUUGCUGAGAUGAUCCAGCAAUAUGUACCUCCUGGAGUUGUGCAGGCAUUAAACGGUGACGAUCGAAUGGGCCCAAUGAUGACUGAACAUCCUGGAAUCGACAAGAUUAGUUUCACGGGCAGCAUUACUACCGGAAAGAGAGUCAUGAUGGCUUCUGCGAAGACUUUGAAGCGCGUGACUCUUGAACUCGGAGGAAACAGCGCUUGCAUCAUUUGUCCCGAUGUUGAUAUUGCAAAGGUUGCUCCUUUGGUUGCCCUUGGCGCCUUCUUCAAUUCUGGACAGUUGUGUGUGGCAAGUAAGAGAUUGUUUGUACAUGAGAGCAUCUACCAGGAAAUGCUGCAGGAGUUGACCAAGGUGGUUAAGGGCUGGAAGGUUGGUGGAACUGCCGAAGAGGGUAUCAUGCUCGGUCCCGUGCAAAACGAGAUGCAGUACAACAUCGUGAAGGGGUUCUUCGAGGAUUGCGCUGUCAAUGGUUAUGAAUUUGCUCUUGGUGGUAAGGUUGGUGGUGAGGAUGGGUUUGUCAUCCAACCGGCGAUCAUCGACAAUCCACCAAGCCAUUCGAGAAUUGUGACAGAAGAGCCAUUUGGACCAAUCGUACCCAUGAUGCCGUGGAGCACAGAGGAAGAACUAAUACCCCGCGUCAACGACACAAGAACUGGUCUAGGAGGCUCGAUAUACUGUGCAGACAUUGAAAGAGCAAACAAAAUUGCCAGUCAAAUCGAAGCUGGAACUGUCUGGAUCAACAGUUUUGAACGACCACUCCCUCAAGCAUUCUUUUCGGGACACAAGGAAAGUGGCCUUGGUGGAGAGCUUGGAAGACACGGUCUCCUUUCGUAUAUGAAUCCUCAAGUCAUUCAUUUGUAUAAGACGGAUGUAGCAAAGUUGUGAAAAGGGU